GAAUGCCCAUCGGGCCACAAGGCCGCGGGGCUGCGAUACAUGGAAAUCCUUGGAGACAUCAGAGGCGGAAGAAGCCCGGGUGGCAGCGUGCAUCAAAUUGACUGCUCCAGUACAGGGUGCAGGGCAAUGAGCAGGGGCCAGAGGAUUACCAUCAAGGCAGCAUGUGUCCAACAUGCUGAAGUGGCGGCGGGAAACUUGAUCGACAAGAACCUCGGUUCAGGGUACACCUCCAAGUCGACCUGUCCGAGUGGCUUCAAUCCAAUUGGUAUCAGAAACUUGGACUCCACCGAACUAUACGACGCUGUGCGAAAGUGGCAUUGCGACUCCUCCGGAUGCAUGGUGGAAUGUAACGGAGUCGGGCGUUGCAAAGUUCGCGCUCUGUGUCUGUCAGCUAUGACGCGGGCACGUGCGACGUGUUCGACCAGCCACAAGAACCUCCUGAUCACACUUUCAUCAGGGCCAGACUCCAGAUCUGCUCCGGCCUGUCCAGCAACACACCAAAGUAUUAGGUGCCUCUGCAUGUCCGACAGUGGCAAGUGUUCGAACUCCAAUGGUGUGGCUGGUCCCAGCAGCUGCACCGUGGAUUUUGGCCGAAGACGCCGGCGGCGUCGCAGAGUCCUGCAAACGGUCUCGCGCAUGUGCGCGCAAGGUGAAGCCAAGCUCAAAGUGUCUUUAGGGUCGGAAUCUGCAGAAUUCCAGGAUUUUCGGCACGACUUUACCACCAAGACAGUGCAGCUCACGGCACCGCAGUCGGGUAAUGUGCGCCUGCGGUUUGAAGAGCAGUUACGUCGACAUGCCAGAUUGUUCUUCGAGGAUGUCAGCAUCACAGAUUCCGAAUCGGAUAUGGGAAAGCAGAGCUUGAUGAUUGACCCGAGUAACGUUUGUUCAGGAUCUCGAUGGGAGAUCGAGAUGCCGGCAACCGAUGCCGGAACACCGUAUCAGGUGACGAUUACAUACGGAGACAGUCGACGAGCAGUGGACACUUCAACAUGUACGAUCGGGACAGAGGGACGCAUGAAAGAUGCGUCCCACCCCGACGGUACCAUUGCGCAAAAUACGUUCGCUACCGUGACGAAGCCGGUAAUCAUCUACGGGAGCGGCGGUAAAGGGAAGCUGGCCUUCUCGGGGGAGCUUUCGGCAGGCUGCUCUGGAAUCAACAAGAUCAGCAUCUCCAAGCAGGACUCAGUCUUUUGGUCCUCUUGUGGCGCGGCCUUCAGCAAGGCCUGGAGCCUGGAGGCCUCCAGGCAGGCGCCGGGAAACGUCCAGCUUGUCUACCGAGAUCGACAGACAGCCGCAUGUGUGGACCCGAUGACCGGCAAAAUGGAGGACUGCGCGCUGGAGACAGAUGUCGAAGCGCACACGAAACAGGUUUUCUCCUUGGAUUACCUGGCUCCCCUUGCCGCGCGAUGGACCCACAUGGCCUCCGGACAGAACCUGCAGCCUGGGGCCUGUGUGCGAGCUCAAGACAGGUAUCUGCCGUACCUCAAAGUCAACCAGCCGCUCGUGUCCUGCGCAGCUGGGCAGGUGCUGAGCUCCUUCUCCUUCCGACAAGAUAGCUCUUGCAAUGGUGCUGACUAUUUUCGCUACUUCUACAGUUGCACAACCAUCGUUCCGGUGAAGGGUGCUUCGAUGUGCACCCCGAAGACGACACGCUGCGUUGCUCACAGUGGCAGCCAUCCACACUUGUGGGAGCUGGACAGGCACGACGUGGGAUCGCAGUGUGAAGCUGGAACGUUGUUGACGAAGUUCGAGUACAAGAGCUGCAACGGGGACGAUGGCGCUGGCUAUCACUAUGCAUACACAUGCUGUCCGGUUCAAGGUUUGGGUGAAUGCUCCGAAGAAACAACGGAAUGGGGAGAGGUUGGCCAGAAGAGCGACCUGGCAGCGUUGGCGCACCACCGACCUCAGUGCCCUCGAGACAGCGGUUUGCAGCGCUUCCUCCUUGAGUCCAAAGUUCCGGAGGUUGCUCAAGGUGCAACUCUCCAAGGAGAGGUCAGGUACACCUUUGUCUGCUGCAUGCUGCCAAUGGCACCGCCCGUCAGUGUCAAGACGGGGCCAUUGGAUGCAGGCGGCGCGUGGGAAGGCACAUAUUGUCCAGCAGGACGUAGCGAAGGUCGGGCCACGCUUAUGCGAGGAAAGGCCUCGUCCCCUUAUUUCUCCAAGAGAGAUGAUGUGUCAUGUGGCUAUCACAAGGACAAGCUUGCCAAAAUUGUGGAUGGCGGGGCUUACAUGCCCAGCACAAGGGCGGGCGCCCUGAGCACGUGCGGCCCAGUCUGCGCUGCGGAACCGAGCUGCGAUGGCUUCAUUUGGAUUGAUGGGAUUUGUGGCUUCCGCAAGGACACCUCAUACAAUGUGAAAUCCGAUGCUCGUGCCGACUGUUACAGCAAGGUGCCGGAGUCGGAGGCCAUGAAGAUCAAGUUUGACCGUCUUGCUGGCCAUUGGUGCAUGAUUUCUCACGUCCAGCAGCCCCUCUGUACCACUGCUGAUGUAUCGCAUCCACUUCAGCUCCCUCCAGGAGGAGAUGGAAAUAUCGACUACUCCCCAGUUUUGCCAAUGGACACAGAGUUUGAGGGCAAUGGGGCCGUGGAAGUGGCGCACGACUCGAUGGCCCAAAGCCUCCUAGGAACUUCGAAUUCUGCAAUGAGCCGAGCUGGGACUGGCGGCGGGCUGGGAAACAAGAAGUUCAAGAAGUUGCCUAAGAUCCCCAAAGCCAAGUUCAACAUGGCAAAGUUCGAGAUGGCGGAGUUCAAGCCUUUCGAAGGGGAGCGCCAGGAGCUUCAACAGCGUGGGGUAACGGAAGCGGUGCUGAACUGGAAUCCGGAGCCUAUCGUGUAUGCUCCGCACUGCCUGGCCCGAGAGAGCCGCGAGAAGAUCACGGGCUCUGAGCCCGUCGAGGGUGACCACUACCUCAGCAACGAGGAGAGGCAAAAGGAUGUGGUGGGUGCCUGCUACCAUGCUUUGGGUGCAGAUUCCAGCGGGGCGGCGGCUGUGGAGACCUGGGGAGAAGAGGGCACGCCAGGGAAGAAGAACACGGAUUGGCAAGAGCCGUACUUUGCCCCCAAUCCGACUUUCCCUGGUCUCACGGCCGAUGCGGUCUGGGACUGCUCCACGCGCGACAUCAAUCGUGGAUACAAGCUGGCCAUGUGGGAUCGCGAAGCGGACUUUGCAGCCAGCACCAUCGAGGACUUCUCUGAGCCAGUCGUGACAAAGGCCUGCAAGAACAUUCCUGGGACGGUGAUGCUGGCUGGUGCCAUUGCGGCUUACGCAGGAACAGACAUGGACACCGGGGACAUGUGUGCUGCCGUCGCCGGUGCAGUCUCUGCAGGAUCCCUGUGGGCCAUUGCCCAGACGCAGUACUACAGGGCUCUGAGGUACGACGAAAGCGACUUCCAAGACUGCAAUCCUUUGCAGAACACAAUGGCGAAGGUUUACUGCGACCUCUCCUGCGUGGAGGACGCCGUCAAGCGAGGUGACCAGAGAAUCCUGAGCUCCAUUGGUACCUUGAACAGAAACAUCCUUUCGGAGAUGAGGGAGUUCUUCCAGCACUACGUCUCAGAGAUCUUCACCCGCUUAACCCACAUGGAAGACAAGCAAAGCCACGAGAGUUCGCAGCUGAAAAACGUCAUGGACACCUACGCCCAAGCCGACCUGGACGCCGUGAAUUCCAAUGGAAAGCAGAUCAUCGACGCCAUGAAUUCCCAGCACAGCGCCUUGAACAAGAAUCUGGGCAUAGCUGCCAAGCAGAUCUUCGACCUCACCCACGAGGAGCACAAAGUCAUCGCUCAGAAGAUGGAUGCACAUCUGGCUGCGACUUCUGAUGCCAUUGACAACUUGAAGGAGUCAACAGCGCAAGGCUUCCAUGACGCUUUCAGCGAGUUCACCGAUGCCCUGGCAUCGGAAGAGGGUGCGGCCCUCACACAGUUGAAACAGACCCACACGGCUGCCAAGCAAGCUCUGGAAGAGAUAUCAGCCUGGAACGUGGACGGGGCCAUGUACCGCCUCGGUUCUGCCAAGCUGGAGCAAGUUGAGCAGGCCCUGCUUGCCCUGCACAGCCAGCUUACACAUGCUCGUUCUCGGCAAGCUGGAAGGGAAACGUCGUCCAACGCCACAGUGCUCCUGGAGGGCGCGGCGCUUCACCGUGACACAGCGGCCAUUGCCAGAUCGUUGUUGGGCUGGAAGGCGAACAUGCCCGAUUCGGAGCCUGCUCUGAUUGACUUGGAGAUGAAGAAGCUUCUCAAGGCGGCGCAGACGUCGAUCCGAAGUCACCGCCAUUCUGCUCAACACAUGAGUCGCCACAUCGAGUUCUUAAGAGGCGAGUCUGAGGCCGCCAGGCUUGACCAGUUCCACAUGGAAUCCCAGGUUGUGGAGUUCGACAAGAUCCUCCUGAAGAUCCGCCAGGCCGCGGAGGAGUACAUGGAAGCCGCGCAGGAGCAAGUGGACCAUGUCAGCACAGCGACGGAGCUGACUGAAGACUACUUGUCCAAGUGCAGUGUUGAUUUCUUGCAGGUGCAGGUUGCAGCAGAGCGUGCCAUGCAAACGGGCCAGCGAGCGGCGAGAGCAGCACGCCGAGCGUUGCGGGAGGUCUGCCAGCAGGUGGGGCUCCUAGCGGAGGUGCUGGUGGACGGUGGCCUGGUCCGCUCGGCGCUGCAAGCGGCAGCAGCGGCCGCCACCGACGCAGCCAAGCCGAGCCUUCGGCUCGUGGCGGAGUCCGUGGAGAACUUGGACGGGGUGCCUGACAAGCCAGUGCAGCCUGCGCAUGAAUCCAAGCUCGUGCUCCAGCAGCUCCAUGCCACUAUUUCUCGGACGGCACAGAAACACAGGAUAAGGCAGGCAUCUACAGUAUCUGGGCUGCUCCAGAUGCCUGAGCUCUUCCACAUCCUGCACCUGAGCAUGUUGACACAGCUGGCAGAGUGGAUGCCGCCAGUGCUGCCAAAAGCCCAGGCGGCUUUCAAACUGGCACGUCAUCUCCGCCAUCGACACGACAUGCACGGCUUGUCUCGCAGUAGUGCAGAGGAUGCACGGCUCAUGCACUCAGCCUGGGCACGUCUCGAUGCUGAACUUCAAGAGAUGGCUGGAGAAAGCCGCGUGCGGCAUACUGCGCUGGGUGCUUUGUUUGCCCAGCAAAUGGAUGAAGUACUGGCUUUAGCAGCACCCGUACCGGAAAACUGCACUCUGGCUGGACAGGAGGGCUGGAUGCUGUGGGCUGCCAUUCCUUCGGACACUACCGCCUUCGUCAUUGUCAAAGGUGCGGCCAAUCUCGUUCAGCACGCCCGAGGACGUCAUCACCGGAGACUGGAUUUUGCCGCCAUCUCCAACAGCUCCAAGGAUGCAGGGAGCUUUGAAGCGAUGCUUUGCAACUCGCAGACCGGAUCCGCGCGUGCUUUGGAGGUGGGCGAGGUGGUGGCUUGCUUCUCAAAUGAGACGCAGAAGCCACUUGGCAGAAUCACCCAUGGAAAAUGCGUCGCCGUCUGUCAUCUUGAGCAGCUACAUGGCAGGGGCAGGAUGCACAGGAUAAGCUGA